AUGAGACGAGGCAUCACCACCCAACAAGCCGUCAACGGCGCCAACGGCGUAAACAGCACGAAAAACAUCAACGCCACCCAUCACCCGCUCACCUGCAACUUCGGCUCCGACAACUGGGCCGGCUGCCACCCGUCCAUCUCCGCGUCCCUGUCCCAGCACGCCGCGGGCUUCGCGACGCCUUACGGGGACUCUGCUUUCGACCACUCCAUCGCCCGGAAAUUCUCAGAAGUGUUUGAGAAAGAAUGUGCGGUUUUUUUCGUCGGCACGGGCACGGCGGGCAACGCGCUGGCGUUGGCUUCGGUGGCGAAACCCGGGGGGAUGGUGUUUGCGCAUAGGGAGGCGCAUACGAUUGUGGAUGAGUGCGGGGCGCCGGAGUUUCUGUCGGGGGGGUUGAGGAUUUCUCCGGUUGGGGGGGAGGAGGGAAAGCUUGGGGUGGAGGGUUUGAGAAAGGAGGUCGAGAGGCCGACGGAGAGCGGGACUGUUUACUCGCUGGAGGAAUUGGAGGGCCUGACGGCGGCGGCGAGGGAGAAGGACUUGCCGGUUCUGAUGGACGGGGCGCGGUUCGCGAAUGCGCUGGUGAGUUUGGGGUGCUCGCCGGCGGAGAUGACGUGGAAGCGCGGGGUGGAUAUUCUGUCGUUUGGCGGCACGAAGAAUGGGUGUUGGUGUGCGGAGGCUGUGGUGUUUUUCAAACCGGAGAUGGCGAGGGAUUUCGUCUGGUUGCGGAAGAGGGCGGGGCAUCUGUUGAGUAAGUCGCGGUUUGUUUCUGCGCAGCUGGAGGCGUAUCUGCAGGAUGGGUUGUGGUUGGAGAUUGCGAGGCAUUCGAAUCGGAUGGCUGGGGCGUUGAGGGAGAUUUUCGAGGGAAAUGCUGAGGGGAGGCUGUUGAGGACGCCGCAGGCGAACGAGGUGUUUGUUAUACUUGGAAAGGCGAAGGCUGCGGAGCUGGAGAAGGAGGGUGUGGUGUUUCUGGAGUGGCCUGCGCCUGCUGGAGCGCAUGUGGGAGAGGAUGAGCAGGUGUGUCGGUUUGUGACGAGUUUUGCGACGACUGAGGGGGAUAUUGAGCGGAUGAUGGUAUUGAUGAAGUGA